GCUAGAGCGGCGACGACCUGGCUGGGGGGCUCUCGCGACUGCGCGUGCGCGGCGGUGGUCUCCGCGCUCCCUCGUCCUCGCUGUCUGCGAGCGGUAGCGAGAGCGCGGUGACGGCGGCUGGGAUGUUCCGAAAGGCCCGGCGGGUGAACGUGCGCAAGCGGAAUGACUCGGAGGAGGAGGAGCGGGAGCGCGAUGAGGAGCAGGAGCCGCCGCCGUUGCUGCCCCCGCCGGCCUCGGGCGAAGAGCCGGGCCCUGGCGGCGGCGAUCGGGCCCCCGCGGGGGAGUCGCUCCUGGGCCCGGGGCCGCCGCCGCCUCCGCCCUCCGCGCACAACCCGGGUCUCGGCGCUGAGGCCGGGGGCGGCGUCCCCGGCGGCGCGGAGCCCGGCAACGGGUUGAAGCAGCGCAAGAGGCCUCGCGAGAACAAAGAGGUGCCCAGGGCCAGCCUGCUCAGCUUCCAAGACGAGGAAGAAGAGAGUGAAGAAGUAUUCAAGGUAAAGAAAUCAAGUUACAGCAAAAAGAUAGUGAAACUGCUCAAGAAAGAGUACAAGGAAGACCUUGAAAAGUCGAAGAUGAAGACAGAGCUCUGCACGGCAGCUGACAGUGACCAGCCUCUGGACAAAACGUGUCAUGCUAAGGACACAAACCCAGAAGAUGGAGUUGUGGUUAGCGAGCAUGGUGAGGAUGAAAUGGACAUGGAGAGCGAGAAGGAGGAGGAGAAGCCCAAGGCCGGGGGUGCCUUCUCCAAUGCUCUGUCUUCCCUGAAUGUGCUCCGCCCAGGAGAAAUUCCAGAUGCAGCUUUUAUACAUGCUGCAAGAAAAAAGCGCCAACUGGCCCGGGAACUGGGAGACUUCACUCCUCAUGACAAUGAGCCUGGUAAAGGCCGCCUCGUCCGGGAAGACGAGAAUGAUGCCAGUGACGAUGAGGAUGAUGAUGAGAAACGCCGGAUCGUUUUUUCUGUGAAAGAAAAGUCACAAAGACAAAAGAUCGCUGAGGAGAUAGGUAUUGAGGGGAGUGACGAUGAUGCCUUAGUAACUGGAGAGCAAGACGAGGAACUCAGCCGCUGGGAGCAGGAGCAGAUUAGAAAGGGAAUUAACAUCCCUCAGGUUCAAGCAAGUCAGCCCACUGAAGUGAAUAUGUACUACCAGAACACUUACCAGACAAUGCCUUACGGUGCAUCCUAUGGCAUCCCUUAUAGUUAUACAGCCUAUGGAUCAUCAGAUGCCAAGUCUCAAAAGACAGAUAACACAGUCCCUUUCAAAACUCCCAGUAAUGAGAUGGCUCCCGUUACUAUUGAUUUGGUAAAGAAACAGCUUAAAGACAGGUUGGACUCCAUGAAAGAAUUGCACAAAACCAAUCGACAGCAGCAUGAAAAACAUCUGCAAAGCCGAGUGGACUCCACCAGGGCUAUUGAGAGAUUAGAAGGGUCUUCUGGGGGUAUUGGUGAACGGUAUAAAUUUUUGCAAGAAAUGCGAGGGUAUGUCCAAGACUUGCUUGAGUGUUUCAGUGAAAAGGUGCCACUGAUUAAUGAACUUGAAUCAGCAAUUCAUCAGCUGUACAAACAGCGAGCUUCCCGCCUUGUCCAAAGACGACAAGAUGAUAUUAAAGAUGAAUCUUCGGAGUUUUCAAGCCAUUCAAAUAAAGCUUUGAUGGCACCAAAUCUUGAUUCCUUUGGACGUGAUCGGGCACUUUAUCAAGAACAUGCAAAACGUCGGAUUGCAGAGCGGGAAGCCAGGAGGACUCGCCGUAGGCAAGCCAGAGAGCAAACCGGUCAGAUGGCAGAUCACCUUGAAGGUCUUUCCAGUGAUGAUGAAGAGACGUCUACAGAUAUUACUAAUUUCAAUCUAGAGAAAGAUCGAAUUUUGAAAGAGUCUAGCAAAGUUUUUGAAGACGUCCUUGAGAGUUUCUAUUCGAUUGACUGCAUUAAAGCACAGUUUGAAGCUUGGCGUGCAAAAUACUACAUGUCCUAUAAGGAUGCUUACAUUGGUCUUUGUUUGCCAAAACUGUUCAACCCUCUAAUCAGACUUCAGCUCCUUACUUGGACUCCUCUUGAGGCAAAAUGCCGUGACUUUGAAAAUAUGCUAUGGUUUGAAUCUCUGCUGUUUUAUGGUUGUGAAGAACGAGAACAAGAGAAGGAUGAUGCUGACGUUGCUCUGCUGCCCACCAUUGUGGAGAAGGUCAUUCUUCCCAAGCUGACAGUGAUAGCUGAAAACAUGUGGGAUCCCUUUUCUACAACACAGACUUCAAGGAUGGUUGGAAUCACAGUGAAAUUAAUAAAUGGCUAUCCUUCAGUAGUCAAUGCAGAAAAUAAAAACACACAGGCGUACCUUAAAGCACUUUUAUUGAGGAUGAGAAGAACUUUAGAUGAUGAUGUAUUCAUGCCCCUGUAUCCCAAAAAUGUCUUAGAAAAUAAAAAUUCUGGGCCUUACUUAUUUUUUCAACGACAGUUUUGGUCUUCUGUCAAGCUAUUGGGAAAUUUUCUUCAGUGGUAUGGCAUUUUCUCAAACAAAACUCUUCAGGAGUUAUCAAUAGACGGCUUGUUAAACAGAUAUAUCCUCAUGGCUUUUCAGAACUCAGAAUACGGAGAUGACAGCAUCAGGAAAGCCCAAAAUGUAAUCAACUGCUUCCCUAAGCAGUGGUUUGUGAAUCUGAAAGGAGAGAGAACUAUUUCUCAAUUAGAAAAUUUUUGCCGAUAUCUUGUACAUUUAGCAGAUACAAUUUACAGGAACAGUAUUGGAUGCUCUGAUGUGGAAAAAAGAAAUGCAAGGGAAAAUAUAAAACAGAUAGUAAAACUUCUUGCAAGUGUUCGGGCUUUGGAUCAUGCUGUAUCUGUUGCAAGUGACCACAAUGUGAAAGAAGUCAAGUCUCUGAUUGAAGGAAAAUAGAUCUGAGACCAAAAAGUGUUUGCUUUGCUGCCAUUCCCAAUGUGUAAAUUUUGUAUAUAUGUAAAGUUUCUUAAACUGUAAUAUACUGAUUCUUGUUUUAAUACAAAAACAUUAUAUUAAUACCGUGUCCUUAAAUGUGAUUUCUUCAGAAUGAAAGGAAUUCAGAUUAUUUUUAGGAGUCUAUGGAUGUUUUCCUUACUGCCUGUCAUAUUUUGUUUAUGGAAGUAUUUUAUAUGGUCAUUAAAUUAACUUCUUUAAGUGUCCUCUAUAAAUGAUGUGUGUUUAGGGUAAAUUGUGUAAUUUUGCAUAUGUGUGUGUGUGCACAUACGCGUGUGUGAGCGUGUGCGUGCAUAUAAGCAUAUUUAUACCACCAUAGAUUUUCAUGCUGGAAAUUUGCGGUGUUUUCUACAGAGGAAGCUCUUUAACAGCAGGAUGUUACCCAAUAGCAAUUGUCCUAGGGAAACACUGCACUGCUGCAGCAGAAGGGCUGCCAGGUGAUGGACCUUCACUCCCACUUUGACUAGUGUUACUGUCACUGUAGCUUGCUGCCUUAAAAUGGAAACUGAAAUAAGACUUUGUCGUUGCGUGAGUGUGGACCUUCUGUGAGUCAGCCUUGGAGGCAACUGUGGGUCUGAGCUCUAGGUAAGAUAUGCAAUAGUUUGGGGUAGGAUGUCAAUUUAGUUUUGACAGUAAACCCACAAACUAACUGCAUGGUUUAGGCUGAAUGUCCUUUCUCACUAUCUUCUUCCUUGCCCAGCCUAUAGAUAUGAAUUUCUAUAGUCUAUCCUGUUUUGAAUCCCACAUAUGUGAGUUAUAUAUGCAAUAAAGAACAUGCCUUGCUGAUUAGAUACGCCCAGACAAUUUACUAUCCAUGGAAUUCUGAAAUGUUUAUACCACAUUGUAAAUACUCAGAGAAACUUGUUUUAAGGUUAAUGCUUUCUGAUUCUGUGAUUUUCAGAAGAGAAACAUUUUGGAAAUUCAGGACUAUUGUUUGAUAAAUAUAUAUGUAAUUAAGCUUUAGCCAAGCAUUAAAUUAAUUUUUGAACACA